UAUUUGUGUCUGCAUUUCAGUCUGAUAUCUACAGAGAAGGGAGUGUGCACAUACCUGCCUUCUGUUUAUGUGUAUUUUGUUGUUGUUGUUGUUUUUCCUGGGGUUUUUUCUGCCAUUAGUCAAAAUGGAAUCACAGCUGCUUAAACACCUAGCAUCACCCAUUACAUCUGCAUUUCACACGGCCAGCUGCUGAGGCGAGCAUCGUUGUAUUGUUGCCUCUCUCGUCUCCUCCUUCCUUUCUCUUCCUUUCUCCUCCCUUCACUCCUCCAUCCAUCUGUCCAACCCUUCUCCUCUCCGCACACGAACCCCGAUUUGCGCAUCGCUUCCUCCGGCAUAAUGACCAACGAUUCCCCGGAGGAGGAGGCCCGAGUUCCGGGUGGCGGAGGAGGUAGUGGAAGAGGAAUCGCACGAAGAAACCGAGCGGACGACAAUGUCACCAUCCUGACGUCCUCCAUGGAUUUCCACAGAGCCAGCCGGAGCCGAUCCAGCAGCAGCAACAAUGCCGCCCCGAGCCUCACGUCCUCCGUGGAUCUGAGCACGUCCUCCCUGGAACUGAGCAUCCAGACGCGGAUCUUUAAAAUCAUCGUCAUCGGGGACUCCAACGUGGGGAAGACCUGCCUCACCUUUCGUUUCACCGGGGGGAGCUUUCCCGAUCAGACCGAGGCCACCAUCGGCGUAGACUUCAGGGAGAAGGCGGUGGAGAUUGAAGGGGAAACUAUCAAGGUGCAGGUAUGGGACACAGCAGGCCAGGAGCGCUUUCGCAAAUCCAUGGUGGAGCACUACUACCGUAACGUCCAUGCGGUGGUCUUUGUGUACGACGUCACCAAGAUGACUUCCUUCCGCAAUCUUCAGACGUGGAUAGAGGAGUGUAAUGGCCAUCGGGUCUCGGCAUCAGUACCCCGAGUCCUGGUAGGAAACAAGUGUGACCUUGUGGACCAAAUACAGGUGCCUUCCAACAUGGCGCUGAAGUUUGCUGAUGCCCACAACAUGCUGCUUUUUGAGACAUCAGCCAAGGAUCCGAGGGAGAGUCAGAACGUCGACUCUAUCUUCAUGUCUCUGGCCUGCCAUCUGAAGGCCCAGAAAUCCCUGCUCUACAGAGACGUGGAGAGAGAGGACGGGAGAGUCCGACUCACACAAGAGACUGAGACAAAGAGUAAUUGUCCUUGUUGAGCAAAAAGAGCAGUGGGAGGCAUAAUGGAAGGGAAGAGAGAACAGUAACCGUACAUGUCAAGGUAGAGGAGGAGAGGAAUGAUGGGAGAGUGAGGCUAAAACAAAAGUCAUUUAAAUUAAGUGCAACUUGUGAGCAUUAGGAGGCGAAUGGGGGGGUUGAGACUGGCACUGAGAGUAAUGUGUUUUAAGGAAGAGGAGGACUGGAUGGAGGAGGGCAGGAAGAAGGCGUUGAAGCUCAUGUAGGGUCCUGAAACAUCAAUAUUCUUGCUGCUGAGGAUGAAGAGGGUGGUCAAGAAAAAGAAGGAAAAGUGAAUCAGGGAGUGACACCCUUAUUAACAAUUCAGAAAUUAGAUGAUGUUGCCUUUUAGACUACAGUUUUGUGUAGAAAUUCUUCAAUUCUUCAAACAAAGAAACAAUCUGAGUAAAUCUACUUUCUGUGGGCCAAGUGCAGAGGCAAACAUCAACAUUAUAAAGAUCUGAUUCACUCUGGGAAUCCAGUCCUGGCUUGGUGUUUACUACAACCAUUUGUAACAGCAACAUAUUGGUACUAUUAAAUCCUAGUCUUGUUGUUUGAUCCAUACUGAUUUGAAUCUUCAUCCUAGCUGAAAGCAGCAUUACCACACCUUUUGCUACUGCCUUAAAAGAUGCCUCUAUCAACCGGUCAGGCAGAAGUAGUGUAGAGGUCUUAAGUAUUUUACCACUUGAGAUGAUCUUGGUUUAUACAGUAAAAUAAACCACACUCUCUGUUUGAGAGACUAUUUGAAAAAAUCAAUAAGACUCUUUUUGUCUCAGCAUUUUAAUGUAUCUGAUAGCUAUCUAGAUCAAUCCUUCACAAGUAGGACAGUUGACUUAAAAUCACUGUGAGAUCACGACUACAUGGGAAACAUGAGAAUAGACAUUAGACAAAGCAGAUAAAAUGGGACAGAAACGUCCAUGUCAGCUCAGAGGACCUAUACAGGGGAACCUUGACCACAAGGUUUCCUUAAAACAGACCAUUUUGAGGUUGUCAGGCAGCAUGUUACAUACUGUAUUGAUUUAGAGGCUGUAAGAUCCUCUUACUGUUAUGCAGGAGAAAUGCAUUCUCCUAGAAAGAAGGGCAGUCAUGGCAAAGCUCCUUUUUCUCAUCUAAUCCUAUUGUAAACAUAUCCUCACCAUGUUUACCCUGUGGCGGAGUUGCUUAUCCAGCUUUUCUUUUGUGUGCAAAUGCAAAGAUGUUUCGUCUCAGCCUCAUGUGACUGCUAGAUCAUCAAUCGGCUGCCUCCCAGUCUUUUUAUUCAGGGUGUUUGUCUGUGUUUGAUGAGGCGCUCUUUACAUGAAUAUCACCGCCUCCAGUUUCGAAGAGGACAGAUGAGAGAAAAUUGUGACUCCUGUAUAGACUAUGGAGGUUUUUAUACCGCUGGAUACACAGUAUCAGUAGACUGCUAUGCUCGCUGUCUCUAUGAAGGAGUGAGUCCAGGAGUAUCUGAGCCAUGGAUGAUGCAGGCUACAUGAAAUAUUGUAGAAAGCCAUACUCAUUUACUACUGUACAACAAGAUGCAGUAUGUGUUACAUGGAGGUAGUUCCUCAUUGGCUUGUGGGCAGAAGAACCAUUGUUCUAGCACUUAAGUCUAGGACUCGGAUUCCUCCGAUUGGAGUCCUAAUUUUCAGGACUUGUGACUCGACAUGGACUUGAGCGCUGAUGAAUCAGAAUUGGACUUGGACUCAAGCACUGACUGCAUUUGGAUUCGGACGUUGGAGACAGGGACUCUGACUUUUUUGUAACAGGCAAUAAUAAUUUGGCUUGAGGUAUUGAUAUUAACCGUGUUUGCCUGCACCAUGCUGUAUCCAGCACACAUCCAUCAAAGCAUACACUCUGCCUAUCAAACACAAAAUUACACUGUUCACUUCUAAGUAGUGUGUAGUGUGUGUGUGUGUGUGUGUGUGUGCUUGCACGCACUCUUAUGAGUGCAUUUGUUUGGCUAUUGUGUCACACACAGUUAAGUACGCUCCUUUUAAAAUUGUGAGAGCUGUGCAAUUGUGUUUAAUGUAAACCUUGAUGAUGUGUACUCAGCUAACGGGGACUCAACUGACUAUUUUUGGUGAGUCAAACUUGACUUGGACUCAAACGCUGGGGACUCGACUCUACUUGGACUCAAGGUUUAGUGACUCAGCUACAACACGGGAAGAACAUGUUGUACAUAACACAGUAUUGGAGUUAUGGAGCCUUUGUAAUAAGGCAUCAGUUUACAAGCCUGACUGUGAUGCUGUCAGUUUGAUAUAGCAAAACACUCACCAUAUCAAUUUAACACUGUAACCUACUUUUCAGUGAUGCUCUUAAUAUAUUUGGAUGUCUGGGGUGGAUUUGAUUUUGUUGAUCUUAAUUUAAAAUGUCUUCUUUACUGCUUUUUUGUCAUUCUAAUAGCUGCUUAUAUCAUUAGCAGCAUCAAGCAGCUGAAUCAAAUGACUUGGAACACACAAAAGCUAGAAAAACGUCCAUUCAUCCAUUUUCAAAACCUCUUAUUUUGUUAGGGUUGUGGGUGGCUGGAUCAUAAACCAGCACAUAAUAGUGAGAGGAAGGCUACAACCUACAGCCUGUUUUCUACUAGCAAAUAUCUGGCUCUGUCUACCUUUAGGUUAGCAUAACCUGGCUAAUUUAACCACUGCAAGUGAGCUGUACAAGCCUAAUAAGAAGAAGAAUGUACCAGCAUCUACAUCAAGAUGUUACCAGAUCUGAAUAAAAUAACAUUUAAUUUCAUUUCUGAUGACUAAACAGAAAUACAAGGGACAGUAAAGUUAGCUUUGUUUUCAGGUUAUCUCCUGAAUAGAAUCCACCUGUAUUAAAUUUACUCAAAAGAUUAUAUAAUGAUCAGAAAUAACCACUGCAGUUAGAGUCCACAUAUCACAUUAAGUUUCAGUGUAAAUUUUUUUCAAACAUUUGAAAUCAAAUGUGUAUUUUAUUCAGUAUUUCUAAACGUUAGAAUACAAAUGUACAGUACUGCAUGUUCACUUGACUUGCUUUCCCUUUUCCCUGUACACACGCUGAUUUAUUUGUCAUAAUAUUUUUUUUUUAUACAAAGCACAUUGUUAAAAUAAAAAAACUAGAUAACAAAUAUUGCAUCCUUGCCUGAACAGGACAUAAUCUUUGAUGAAUUACAGGGUACUAGAGCUGAAACGAUCAGUCAAUUAAUCAGUUGUGCAAUUGACAGAAAAUUAAUCUACAACCUUUUUUGAUAAUCAAUCAGUUGUUUUUAAAAGCAAAUGUUUCUCUGUUUUCUGCUUCUCAACUAUUUGCUGGUUUUCUUUAUUUCAUAUGUCAGUAAAUUAAGUUUAUUGUCACUGAGUUCAAGAGUUUGAGAUCAAGACUUUAAGAGCCCAGUAAAAAUGACAUGUAACAUUACAACUCUGUGGUGUCACAUUAAGCUGAACUGUGCAUAAAGAGAGAAAACAAAAACUAAACCAAUUAAAAUGUAAUUAAAAAUAUUCUGUAAACAUGAUCCUUAAAUGAUCAGCAUACAUGAUCAUGAAAGCAUAAAGGAACACAAUAAACAUAAAUGCAAACUGACCUAGCGAGAAGCCACAUUUUAAUUAUUUCAGGUAUAUUGUCUUUAAAAAAUAUUAAUCUGCUUUUUCAUGUCUCCAGCUUUCACUUUUCAGGUCCAACUGAGUUUUUUCUAUAUUAAAAAGGUGUUGGGUGUAGUGCCAAUAGACCACCUGUAGCAACAUCUGUGCAUCCCAUCCUACCUGUUGGCUAAACUUCAUUUUUAGUGCCACUUUUAUCCAGGCAGUCAAGUGAUCUGUUUAUCAUGGAAUUAAUGUUUUUGCUUAUGCUCCAUUGAGUUUAAUGUUGACACCAUAAAAGUUUGAGGACAGUGCUACAGAACAGGGGCUUUUGCUGAAUGACAGUUGAGCAUGACGGAUGCUUGCUGAUAAGGACUUUCACCUGCAGCCUCAUGCAGCACAUUCUACAAAGUCAAUGUUCAGAAUAAAAGUCAAAAUACCAAGUUGCUCCUUUAACAAAAGCCUUAAGUGGUAUUAACUUUGAUUUUAUGACAUUGUCAUGUUUUGAUUAUAAUUGUAAAAUUUGAGAUGACAAUGUUUUAUGGCUGUGAGUUUACUGUUAUUAGUUUACACUGUUUCAGAUAGUCUUCUAUAUGUUUUGUUACUGUAUGUAACAUUGUUGUUGUUACAGUCUCACAAAGGGACUUCUGAUAAAACCGCUGAAGAA